ACACACACACACUAACUCUCCACAGGAAACUGUGAGCCAUAAUGCGAAGGCACCUCAGAGCAGACGGGUGCGUUGCUCAAACCUAGUGGGAUACGGCACGGCUUUGAUAGCGCGUUAAUUACUCAUGUGAUGUGAUACAGAUGUCUGGGGGCUUCAGCCGAAAGUUUGCCUGACGCUUUCCAAGGGGGCCAGGCAGGCGUUUUAGAAGCGUGAUUUGCUGGGGCGACUCCUCCGCGAUGGGCUCUCCAGCUGUGCGUGCGCUGGUGCUGACGGCCUGUCUGGUGGCCAGAGGAAUGUGCCAGAUAAACAGCGCCGAAGCGGGGGUCCCCACCCGCCCCACCCUCCACGGCACCAGCGGUGCCGGUCCCGACCCGGGGGCCCGCGCGGCCGAGGCGCAGGCCGUGGCGUCCGGCUCGGCCAAUACGACGGCGGCGAGGGGGCGCGCGCCGCCCAUGUGCCUCCACAUGACCUCCAUUAACGCCUGUUUUAGGUACAUCAACAGCGUCAUCUCCGUCAUGGUGUUCGUGGUGGGCCUGGUGGGCAACACCACCCUGCUGACCAUCAUAUACAAGCACAAGUGCAUGUGGAACGGACCCAACGCCCUCAUCGCCAGCCUGGCUCUGGGCGACCUCAUCUACAUUAUCGUUGACAUUCCCAUCAACGUGUACAAGCUCCUGGCGUCGCGCUGGCCGUUCGACGAUCACAUGUUUGGCCUGUUCCUGUGUAAGCUGGUGCCCUUCCUGCAGAAAGCCUCUGUGGGCAUCACCGUGCUCAACCUGUGCGCCCUCAGCGUGGACAGGUACCGCGCGGUGGCCUCCUGGAGCAGAGUGCAGGGCGUGGGCGUCCCCCUGUUCACCGUGGUGGAGAUCGUGUCCAUCUGGGUGCUGUCGCUGAUCCUGGCGGCGCCGGAGGCCGUCGGCUUUGACGUGGUCGCCUUCACCUACAGGAACGAAACCCUACACACCUGCAUGCUGAACCCCACGACAAAAUUCAUGGUGUUCUACAGGGAAGCGAAGGACUGGUGGCUCUUCGGCUUCUACUUCUGCGUUCCGCUCAUCUGCACCGCCGUGUUCUACACGCUGAUGACAUCGGAGAUGCUCAGCCACCGGAAAGGCAGCCUGCGCAUCGCUCUGAGCGAGCACCUGCGACAGAGGAGGGAAGUGGCCAAAGCCGUCUUCUGCCUCGUCCUCAUCUUCGCCCUCUGCUGGUUCCCGCUGCACCUCAGCAGGAUCCUCAAGAAGAUGCUUUACCUGCAGAACGACACCAUGCGCUGCGAGCUGCUCAAUUUCCUGCUGGUCCUCAAUUACGUCGGAAUCAACCUCGCGACGAUCAAUUCCUGCAUAAACCCCAUCAUCCUCUACUUCGUCAGCAAGAAGUUCAAAAACUGCUUCAAGUCGUGUCUGUGCUGCUGGUGCUACUCUGACAACCAAAUGAGCAGCAUCGGCCCCAUGAACGGCACCAGCAUCCAGUGCAAAAGCCCGGAGCCCAACAGCAUCAGGAAGUACAGCAAGUGAUGAAGGCUCUUAAAAUGCAAGCGAGCCUUAAAGUACUGUGCACAGCAAAAAGAACUUCUUCAAAUGCACCUACACACUGUACAGUAUGAGCGGCGCGGAGAUGGACCUGGAAGCACAUUUCAGUGGAAACAAUGGAUCUGGUGUACAGCACUUUCCCAGUCUCUCAGUGGGAGCAACAUCCUUGUAUUUCCACACUCAUGUAGUGGGAUGGGGAGGAGGACCCUUUACCAGGAUGCAGCUGAACGGUGACUAUAAAUUACUCACAGUAGCUGAGUGUACUAUUCCUGUAAAGGGCAGCACUACUGGGAAGGAUGCACAACGCCACAGGAAGACUGUUCACGGAGGAUGAGUAUGUGAGGUCCACAGGAGUCUGCUGCUUAUUGACGGUAGAAAACAGGAAACAUAUUACUGACCGAAGCGACAUUUCACUUUAUAUUGCACAGUGUAUUUUACUCACGCUCAUUAUUGCGACUUGUGGUAUAAUCAGACACGUUUUUGAAGUUCACUUCAACUUCCGUGUUUUCUAGUUCGUCCUUACAGCAAAUAUCUCGCAUCCCUCGUGUUAACAAGCAGACGGUUCCUGCCUGGCAGAAACCUGCAGUCAUCCCAACAUGCAGGCCCCACAACAGGAUCAGGCCAAUAGUCAGAAAGGGCCAAGAAACACACUGGCGCGCAGUCAAGUCGAUGAUGGCAGGUUUUGAAUGGGGAUAAGGUCGGCGUCAAAUCAGUAUUUUCAUAGCAAAUGUCAAGCAAGAGAUAAAUAUAGAGGAAUGCGUUAUGACAGGUCUGAUACCAACAGGAACGAGCUGUUUUCCUACACUGUGAAUAAUCUACAGUAACUGUGACAUGUAAGCUUGUUUAAUCGUAUGUACAGUGUCCACUUUUAUAAAGUGUUAUAUGUAAGAAUAUAGAAGUAUUUAAUCUGUAGCAUUUGACGACAUUACCUUUGUAAUGACGAAGGCAGAGGAGCUUUCAGUGUGGAGGUAAAGGGCCCAAAGGUUGAGGCAAUUUGAAGGAAUCCGUGGUUUUCUGCAGAGAAGACGAUGCAACGAUCAAUCACACAAACCACCAGAUCGCACCAAUGUUAUGUCACCAUCACAAACCUGGACCAAUCCAAAGAUUACACAAUGUGUCUUGAAAUUCAGCUGCAGCCAGCAAGAACUUGUUGCAGGUGGGCUUGUUUUGCUGUUUACUGCAAAUAUUGAUCCUCUGGUUUCCAGAGCGGCCUUUUAUUAGUGUUGCUGCAGUGAAGCUCUGGUAACGUAGGCUAAUCCAACUGGCUGUAGCUUUGUGUAAAGCCAAAGGGGUCACCAUCAUCAUCAUCAUCAUCAUCAUCAUCAUCAUCAUCAUCAACAUCAUCCCGUUUACCACCUCACAACAUACAAACUUUCCUUCAUCGCCUCAACAUGUUACUGCGCUCCACUGAAAUCAAGCCUAAGGCAGAAACGAAUGAGGAGACUACAGAAUGAGCGGAGCAGUGAGUGGACGCGCAUGUCUGCAGUGAUGUGAGGCAACACGGCCUUAACGAGGAAAAGGUUCGUCAGAGGCCAUCUGCAGAAGAGAGAUGAGUCGUGACCUCAUAUUGAGGAUUGUCUCAAUUGGUGUGAAUGAGUUCAGCCUCCAAUGUUACUGCCAUGUGCUAUUUUCAAUGUAAACUGAACUGUAUGUUGCUUGUUUGUGUGUUAUGUCUUGCACUUGUUUAGUCGGGGUGUUUUGCACACGUGUGCAGAGAAGAACAUUAUUAUUUUACCACUACGUGAACAUACAGUGUUAUCAACCUGCAGACUUUGUUGAAUUUGCCAUUCAUUUACCUUGUUAACCUCCUGUUAGUGCUGCUGCUGUUGCUGCUUAUGCCAAUAAAUCGACUUUCAUCUCCGCUGUA